ACAUCGCGCAGCGCGCACCAAGCCGGCCGCCGCGCCCGCCGCUCUCUCCGCGGUCUCCUCCUCUAGUGCCCGCCGCGGCCGGUAAAUCUCGGCUGGAGGAGCAGCGGAGGUCCCCGAGUCAACUUUCAUUCCCCUUUUGCUUCUGCCUCACCAUUCUCUUCUCCUCCUCGAAAGAUGGCUGUUUGGAGAAGGGGGAGAAGUUAGGAGGUCGCCGGCACGGAGCGAAGGAGGGCGCGACAGCCUCAGCAGGAGCGGGCGGAGGUUUCUCCUCUGCCAACCCCUCUUGGACCAUCGUCAGCAGUUGAACGACAAAGACUGUGAAUCUGUAUUCUAGUCUUAGCAGUCCCUCCGAUUCUCAUGAUGAGCUCACCUGCACAGCCUGAUGGGGUGGCUGGACGAGAGCAGCUCUUGGCUCAGCAAAGAAUGCACAGUAUGAUCAGCUCAGUGGAUGUGAAGUCAGAAGUUCCUGUGGGCCUGGAGCCCAUCUCACCUUUAGACCUAAGGACAGACCUCAGGAUGAUGAUGCCCGUGGUGGACCCUGUUGUCCGUGAGAAGCAAUUGCAGCAGGAAUUACUUCUUAUCCAGCAGCAGCAACAAAUCCAGAAGCAGCUCCUGAUAGCAGAGUUUCAGAAGCAGCAUGAGAACUUGACACGGCAGCACCAGGCUCAGCUUCAGGAGCAUAUCAAGUUGCAACAGGAACUUCUAGCCAUAAAACAGCAACAAGAACUCCUAGAAAAGGAGCAGAAACUGGAGCAGCAGAGGCAAGAACAGGAAGUAGAGAGGCAUCGCAGAGAACAGCAGCUUCCUCCUCUCAGAGGCAAAGAUAGAGGACGAGAAAGGGCAGUGGCAAGUACAGAAGUAAAGCAGAAGCUUCAAGAAUUCCUAUUGAGUAAAUCAGCAACGAAAGACACUCCAACUAAUGGAAAAAAUCAUUCCGUGAGCCGCCAUCCCAAGCUCUGGUACACGGCUGCCCACCACACAUCAUUGGAUCAAAGUUCUCCACCCCUUAGUGGAACGUCUCCAUCCUACAAGUAUACGUUACCAGGAGCACAAGAUGCAAAGGAUGAUUUCCCCCUUCGAAAAACUGCCUCUGAGCCCAACUUGAAGGUGCGGUCCAGGUUAAAACAGAAAGUGGCAGAGAGGAGAAGCAGCCCCUUACUCAGGCGGAAGGAUGGAAAUGUUGUCACUUCAUUCAAGAAGCGAAUGUUUGAGGUGACAGAAUCCUCAGUCAGUAGCAGUUCUCCAGGCUCUGGUCCCAGUUCACCAAACAACGGGCCAACUGGAAGUGUUACUGAAAAUGAGACUUCAGUUUUGCCCCCUACCCCUCAUGCUGAGCAAAUGGUUUCACAGCAACGCAUUCUAAUUCACGAAGAUUCCAUGAACCUGCUAAGUCUUUAUACCUCUCCUUCUUUGCCCAACAUUACCUUGGGGCUUCCCGCAGUGCCAUCCCAGCUCAAUGCUUCAAAUUCACUCAAAGAAAAGCAGAAGUGUGAGACGCAGACACUUCGGCAAGGUGUUCCUCUGCCUGGGCAGUACGGGGGCAGCAUUCCGGCAUCUUCCAGCCACCCUCAUGUUACUUUAGAGGGAAAGCCACCCAACAGCAGCCACCAGGCUCUCCUGCAGCAUUUAUUAUUGAAAGAACAAAUGCGACAGCAAAAGCUUCUUGUAGCUGGUGGCGUUCCCUUACAUCCUCAGUCUCCCUUGGCAACAAAAGAGAGAAUUUCACCUGGCAUUAGAGGUACCCACAAAUUGCCCCGUCACAGACCCCUGAACCGAACCCAGUCUGCACCUUUGCCUCAGAGCACGUUGGCUCAGCUGGUCAUUCAACAGCAACACCAGCAAUUCUUGGAGAAGCAGAAGCAAUACCAGCAGCAAAUCCACAUGAACAAACUGCUUUCGAAAUCUAUUGAACAACUGAAGCAACCAGGCAGUCACCUUGAGGAGGCAGAGGAAGAGCUUCAGGGGGACCAGGCGAUGCAGGAAGACAGAGCGCCCUCUAGUGGCAACAGCACUAGGAGCGACAGCAGUGCUUGUGUGGAUGACACACUGGGACAAGUUGGGGCUGUGAAGGUCAAGGAGGAACCAGUGGACAGUGAUGAAGAUGCUCAGAUCCAGGAAAUGGAAUCUGGGGAGCAGGCUGCUUUUAUGCAACAGCCACCCUUCCUGGAACCCCCGCACACACGUGCGCUCUCUGUGCGCCAAGCGCCGCUGGCUGCGGUUGGCAUGGAUGGAUUAGAGAAACACCGUCUUGUCUCCAGGACUCACUCUUCCCCUGCUGCCUCUGUUUUACCUCACCCAGCAAUGGACCGCCCCCUCCAGCCUGGCUCUGCAACUGGAAUUGCCUAUGACCCCUUGAUGCUGAAACACCAGUGCGUUUGUGGCAAUUCCACCACCCACCCUGAACAUGCUGGACGAAUACAGAGUAUCUGGUCACGACUGCAAGAAACUGGGCUGCUAAAUAAAUGUGAGCGAAUUCAAGGUCGAAAAGCCAGCCUGGAGGAAAUACAGCUUGUUCAUUCUGAACAUCACUCACUGUUGUAUGGCACCAACCCCCUGGACGGACAGAAGCUGGACCCCAGGAUACUCCUAGGUGAUGACUCUCAAAAGUUUUUUUCCUCAUUACCUUGUGGUGGACUUGGGGUGGACAGUGACACCAUUUGGAAUGAGCUGCACUCGUCCGGUGCUGCACGCAUGGCUGUUGGCUGUGUCAUCGAGCUGGCUUCCAAAGUGGCCUCAGGAGAGCUGAAGAAUGGGUUUGCUGUUGUGAGGCCCCCUGGCCAUCACGCUGAAGAAUCCACAGCCAUGGGGUUCUGCUUUUUUAAUUCAGUUGCAAUUACCGCCAAAUACUUGAGAGACCAACUAAAUAUAAGCAAGAUAUUGAUUGUAGAUCUGGAUGUUCACCAUGGAAACGGUACCCAGCAGGCCUUUUAUGCUGACCCCAGCAUCCUGUACAUUUCACUCCAUCGCUAUGAUGAAGGGAACUUUUUCCCUGGCAGUGGAGCCCCAAAUGAGGUUGGAACAGGCCUUGGAGAAGGGUACAAUAUAAAUAUUGCCUGGACAGGUGGCCUUGAUCCUCCCAUGGGAGAUGUUGAGUACCUUGAAGCAUUCAGGACCAUCGUGAAGCCUGUGGCCAAAGAGUUUGAUCCAGAUAUGGUCUUAGUAUCCGCUGGAUUUGAUGCAUUGGAAGGCCACACCCCUCCUCUAGGAGGGUACAAAGUGACAGCAAAAUGUUUUGGUCAUUUGACGAAGCAAUUGAUGACAUUGGCUGAUGGACGUGUGGUGUUGGCUCUAGAAGGAGGACAUGAUCUCACAGCCAUCUGUGACGCAUCAGAAGCCUGUGUAAAUGCGCUUCUAGGAAAUGAGCUGGAGCCGCUUGCAGAAGAUAUUCUCCACCAAAGCCCGAAUAUGAAUGCUGUUAUUUCUUUACAGAAGAUCAUUGAAAUUCAAAGCAAGUAUUGGAAGUCAGUAAGGAUGGUGGCUGUGCCAAGGGGCUGUGCUCUGGCUGGUGCUCAGUUGCAAGAGGAGACAGAGACCGUUUCUGCCCUGGCCUCCCUAACAGUGGAUGUGGAACAGCCCUUUGCUCAGGAAGACACCAGAACUGCUGGUGAGCCUAUGGAAGAGGAGCCAGCCUUGUGAAGUGCCAGGUCCCCCUCUGAUAUUUCCUGUGUGUGACAUCAUUGUGUAAUCCCCCACCCCAGCACCCUCAGACAUGUCUUGUCUGCUGCCUGGGUGGCACAGAUUCAGUGGAACAUAAACACUGGGCACAAAAUUCUGAACAGCAGCUUCACUUGUUCUUUGGAUGGACUUGAAAGGGCAUUAAAGAUUCCUUAAACGUAACCGCUGUGAUUCUAGAGUUACAGUAAACCACGAUUGGAAGAAACUGCUUCCAGCAUGCUUUUAAUAUGCUGGGUGACCCACUCCUAGACACCAAGUUUGAACUAGAAACAUUCAGUACAGCACUAGAUAUUGUUAAUUUCAGAAGCUAUGACAGCCAGUGAAAUUUUGGGCAAAACCUGAGACGUAUUCAUUCCUGACAUUCUGAUCAGCUUUUUUUGGGUAAAUUUUUUUUUCAAACAGUCUUAACUUGUUUACAGGAUUUGCUUUUACUAUGAACGGAUAGUAAUUCCACCCAGAAUGCAAUGUUUCUUCUUUGUUUGUUUGUUUGGUUUUGUUAGAGUUUUUUUUUUUUUUCUUAACUUUAACACACAGUUCAACUCUUCCUAGUAAAAGUUCAAGAUGGAGACACUAGCAUGAGGCUUUUUUCAGUGGAAUAAACCACACUGCAUCUCAAAGUCCAAACGCCAAAGGAACCUCACACACUGUUUGUAAUGGUGCAAUAUUUUAUAUCACCUUUUUUUUAAUGUCCAUAAUAUCUUUGUGUUCUCACACACAGGCGAUUUGCAAUUUUGCAACUGUGUUGGAGAAUGAAGUCCCCCCACCUCCCAGCCCUGCAUACAUCCCUUGUUCUCAUGACAGUAGAUCUGAGCAAAUGUUCCGGCAAGCAUUUUCAGUGUCUUUGAAAAGCACGUAAUCUUUCAAAGGUGGUCUUAAUUUGUUGCAAAUCUAUCAAGGACUUAUUCACUCACCUUUAUUUUUCUGCCCUCUGUCAAUUUCUUUCUUCUUACCUUUCAUCAUUCGUUCCUACCUUUAGAAAAACUGAAGAUUAUGCAUAAUUUCCCCUAUUACUUGAGGGCCUUGACUAUUUAGAUUAUUUUGUUUAUUUUCCAGGUUAACACAGUUGUUUUGUCUGAUUGCAUUUUAUUAACUGUGAAGCUGUUGACACGAAUAUCACUUAAGCAUCGUUGGUCAAUUUUCUAUAUGUUUGAAAUGUGUUAACAGAGGCACUGCUUAUUUGUAGUCACCUUGAAUUGACUUAACCUAGAAGUUGUGCCUUCAUGUGAAAAAAAAAAACAAAAACAAAAAACAGCCUUUAAACAAGUUGCCUUAGUGUCAAAGGUUAAAAAUAAAGGACAUUUAUUUCUGAGAUUAAAAGUAACUUACUAAAUAUAAGUAGGUUAUCCUC